AUGGCGCCCGAAAAGAAUGGAAGAGUCGUCUUCAUCGGCAACAUCCCUUACGGUGUUAGCGAGGAACAGAUCAUCGACACGUUUGGAAGAGUCGGCUCGGUGAACAACUUUAGACUGGUACACGACAAGGAGACUGGCAGACCAAAGGGCUUUGGUUUCCUCGAGUUUGCAGACCCAGAUGCCGCUGCCUCUGCUGUGCGCAACCUCAAUGACCACGAGAUCAUGGGCCGCAAGCUGCGCGUCGACUGGUCCAACGAUAACAGUGGAGGCGGUGGGAACAAUGACAACUCGAACAACAGUACCAUACAACAGUCAAAUCCCGGCGAUAGCUCAAACCAGCAGCCCCCGAUGCUCCCUCCGCUUCCACCCGGCACCGACCUGCCCGCAGGCUUGACAUGCCCCGAUGCCAUCUCCAAGACACUCAGCGCGAUCCCAGCUCCUCAAUUGCUUGAUAUCAUCUCGCAGAUGAAGGGUCUCGUAAUGUCAGAUCCCAACCAGGCCACCGAGCUUUUGCGCCAAGCUCCUCAACUCGCCUACGCCAUCUUCCAAGCACUUCUCCUCCUAGGCCUCGUCGACACGAGCAUGCUGAGCAGUAUCGUCCAGGCCUCUGCU